GCCUCGCUUCUUGCAGAUAGAGGGAGUUUUGAUUUACUCUGCAGCCAAAGAAGAGAUGGCAGAAUCAAAUAAUGGCUCCAAUAAUACUACACCACAGUAUCAGGAAACAUUAGACACAUCUCCUCUACCUCCCGACUCACAGCACUUUUCAAAGAUGCCAAAGAAGUUAUGUUACCAGUGUAAUGAAGUUAUGCCUCUGCAGAUGCUUGCAGUACACAUUAAUACGUGCAAAGGAAAAUUCUCUCCUGAUGAGACUGAUGAUGAGGAAUCUGAGUUAUGCAUUGUGAAAAGCAAAUGCAAGGUUAUUUGUCCAAUAUGCACUAAGGACUUUCCUGAAGAUGAGAUCACAGUCCACGCAAGUCUGUGUGGGAUAGCUUUCAAUGCAUGGUGCCUGAAGAAAAUGACCAAACUACAUGCACACCAACUCAAACUUCAGUAUGCACAACAGACAGACAUGAUUUCAGGUAUUGAAAGCAGAUUCUUUGAAGGACCUGAGAACAAGGGCAAAAACCCCAAGUAUUCUCUGACCGAUCUUGAUAAUGAAAACUUCAGGUUGGUUACAUACGAGCUUUGUUCAGCCUCAAGGAGGCCCAUCUCCUGCCUUUUCAAAGAAUGGUGCUACAAUUUCCUCUGCUCAGGAGAGGUUGAUUUCAGCUGUCUGUCUAAGGAGGAUGUUGCAGAUGUGGAAUCUUCCCUGCUCAUCAGCAAAGUUGAAGAUGCAGCAGACAUACAGUCUCUGAUGUUGUGGGCUGAUGAAAUUGUCACCUGUGGAUACACAAACCAGAUAAAGAUGGAUAGUAAGGAAAGCAUGAUACGUGCCAUUGUCUUACACUCUACAACAAGACUGAUUCCAAUGCUACAGCAGCUCAGAAAGGGCAUGGAACUGUAUGGUCUUGUGAACCUGAUGGCUGUAAAUCCUGAAGCUUGCCACAGUUUGUUUGUGCCUGGGAAAAUCCUCAAACCAGACGCUGAUUUCAUUAUGAUGAGCUGCCAACCACAUUUCAGUGAAAAGGGGACAUCUAGGGAGAGAACUGAGAGGAAGAUCAUAAAUUUUUUGCAAGAUUUCUUGCAGGAGAUUGAAGCAUCAGAAAAGACUUCAGAAACAUUUUCAAACAUCACAGAUGGAAACACAGGCGGUGCAGGUGGUGAAAAAUCAGAGUCUCUUGCUGUCCAGCAUGUGCUCCAGUGGAUGACCGGCCAGUCCCAUGUUCCCAUCCUUCCUGAUGAAAAGAGACAUUUCAAAAUAACAUGCAAGUUUGACCACGAAUGUAAGGAGCGGCUGGGAGAUCACUCAAUUUGUUACCCAGUUGUGAGUGCAUGCACUUGUACUGUGACUUUUCCAGUGCAGCAUCUGGACACGUACACAAUGUUUAAAACCAUAAUGAGUGCAGCAGUUAGAUAUGGUGGUGGAUUCCACAGAGUUUAACACAUUGUUGUCUUGUAAUUUGGAAACUAAAUGAGUAAAAAUGUUUCUAAACAUUAGCUGUUAAGAUGUUCGUAGCUGUUUCAUGAAAAUGAUAAGACUUCAAAACUUUGUGUAGGGUCCUACGUUGAUAGAUAUUAAGCAAGUGCUUUGUUUGAUUGUCUACUUGUAAUCUGAAUUGUAAUCUGUAAUCUUUCAGCAAAGAAAUCCAGUAUUUGAGAACAAAAGAGCGUUGACUUUCACGUCCAUCUUAAGUGUCACUGUUGGUUUGACACCAGUAGCAAGAAUUGUAUAUACAGGU